AUGUCUGACGACUUUGCAGCCACCUGUGGCAAUAAGAAACACGACAUUGGUGAUUAUAUACCCCUUAAAUCAAUUGGCCAAGGAUCUUUUGCAGAAGUUAAACUGGCCCAGCACAGCCUCACUGGGACCAAGGUGGCCCUCAAAAGCCUUAGCCAGUGGGGCUUGACUAGAGAGUCUGAGGAAAUGAAAUCUCUUAAGACCAUACACCAUCCGAAUAUCAUUGCACUGUUUGAAGUGAUCACCACCCGGGACAAACAUAUACUUAUCAUGGAAUAUGCGAGCAGAGGCGACCUGUUCGAUCACCUGGAGGAGUGCGGCCGCAAAACUGAGCACGAAGCCAGGCCCAUGUUCAGGCAAAUGAUUUCAGCCCUUCACUACUGUCAUCGAAAAAACAUCGUUCAUCGUGAUCUGAAGCCAGAAAACAUCCUGCUAGACGAGGACCUCAAUGUAAAGGUGGCCGACUUCGGUUUCAGCAGAGACUUUACUAAUUAUGAACUGACAACCGUCUGUGGCACCUACGCCUACAUGGCGCCGGAGAUUUUAGAGCGUCAGGUGUACGAUGGCCCCAAGGCGGAUGUCUGGAGUCUGGGGGUCAUCCUUUACCGCAUGCUGACGGGGGAUGAGCUGUUUGUGGGGGACACUGCUGGGGAAGUGAAAAAAGAAAUACAGAGUAAAAAGCUGUGUCUGCCAGAUUUUACAUCAGUGGAAGUUCAAGACCUCUUACAAAAAAUGUUGAGUGUUGACCCCAGCCAGAGACCCACACUAGAUGACAUCAUGAAAGACACAUGGGUGAACAUGGGUGAGGACGAGGAAAUGAGGCCCUACAGUGAGCCGCCCUGGGGGGACAUUGACCCCCAGGUGGCCAAAAUAAUGAAGGGCAUGGGCUUUAAGGAGCAAGAAAUCCGGGAGUCACUGACACAGAGUAAAUACGACAGGGUCAUGGGAACGUACCUGAUCCUCAGGAGGAAAACAACCAAGAUGCAGGGCCGCACCAUAAAGGUAAGGCCCUGCCCCUCCUCUGACCCGAGCACCAGCACUUCCUGCAGUGAAGAGGCUGAGACUCCCAUUCCCUCAACCAGCCCUGCAUCCAGCUUGGACUCAAGCUCUAGCCCUUCUCCUGGCGGCAAGGGGGCCAGGAAGAAAGGUCUCCCACCCAGAGUGGAGGCGAGGAUGUCUCCCUGCCCCGCACCGAGCCUGCAGCCCAGCUCCUCCUGGUCCACCCGCACCCCAGAAGAGACGGUGCCCGCCCCCCCACCCAGCCCGCAGUCCAGCUCCUCCUUGUCCACCCGCACCCCAGAAGAGACGGUGCCCGCCCCCCCACCCAGCCCGCAGUCCAGCUCCUCCUCGUCCACCCGCACCCCAGAAGAGACGGUGCCCGCUCCCCCACCCAGCCCGCAGUCCAGCUCCUCCUGGUCCACCCGCACCCCAGAAGAGACGGUGCCCGCUCCCCCACCCAGCCCGCAGUCCAGCUCCUCCUCGUCCACCUGCACCCCAGAAGAGAUGGUGCCUGUCCCCCCACCCAGCCUGCAGUCCAGCUCCUUGGCUUACUCACCCGCCCUGGAAGCAAGGACCACCACUCCUUUACACAGCCCACAGUCUGGAACCACCACUCCAAGCCCAGCCCUCCAGCGUGGCCCUGGGGGCUCCCCCACCACCCACAGCAGCAGCAACAGCAGCUCCUGCCAACACAUUUCAGAGCUGGGUGGUGGGACCCCAAGCUUUCCCUCUCGUAACCGCCAUGGCCAAAAGCAGGUGGCUCAGAGGAUUCUCAGGUUCUUUUUAAAAUGUAUCUGCUGUAGCCCGUCCACUAAGAAAAGAAGAGUUAUACCGAAGUAA